CUCGGGGAAACCAGUAAAUAAGCAGGCCUGCUAGGGCUUGAACUGCCUCUCACUGCCAGCCAAGUUGCACGUUAACCGAAGGCGCGUUUGUGCAACAAAUGAACACGACAAGUCUUUUGAUGCUGCAAUGAUCCUUGCACUCACUUCGGGCAGCACUGCGUUAGACUUUCGCCGUCGAAAUUUUGAAGUACCUGCGCUCGCAGCGAAGUCCGCAGCAAGUAUAUGUACACCAAAAGCCAUUCGCACUGCAGCAAAGACGUGACUGAAUUCCAUUUCAGCGGCAGAGUUGAAAUGGCCUCAAGGACCAUAAUCUUUGGUGUGACGGAAGAUUGGCAGAAAACCAUGCUGAGUGAAGAUGGUUAAGACUGCUUGCUGUCGACUCUCUAAAGACUAAACGAACAGGAUCAUAACAAUGGUUUAUGAUUAAGUGCAUUUGUUCAGCGUCCAGAACGAAAAACUCACUAUGUGUCGCUUUGAAAUGAGUCUGCUCCUAUAAACGUUUAAGCAAACGACUUCAGGAGCAAUGCCGAAUCCAUAACAUAAAAGGAGCAGGGACUAUCGUAAGAACAAAGAACCCAAAUGCUCUCAAUUUUGAUGCCAACAUCUGCUUCAGGAACAGACAUUCACCGCAGUAAAUAUGUCAUUCACUGACCAACUCACGGGCUCUGGGACCAACCAGAUAUCAACCAGCGAUGCCCCGUUGCCGUGGGUCCUGCCCCCCGGCGAGGUGGCCUUCCGCGUCACGCUUCUCCUCUUGAUCUGCAUCGUCGGGGUAACGUCCAACGCGCUGAACGGACUGAUGCUACUCAAGUCCAAGCGCCCCGGCACCACCAUGCAUCUCUUGAUGUUCAACCUGGUGGUAGUGGACAUGACCAUGACCCUCGCCUGCAUUCCGUUGUCUGUUUUCUUCACAGCAAGCAACGGGGACGUCCAUGUCCCAAACGAACUCUGCAAGGCAGCCGCCUACAUGCUGAGCACGCUGAUCGUCGCCUCCUUGCUCACCCAGUCGGCAAUCAGCGUGAUCCGGACGCUGGCCAUCAUGCUGCCCGAGGCACUUCAGCGGCGACUACCGCCUGCCACCGCCUACAAAAUCAUUGCCUUUGUCUGGUUGCAGUCCUCCCUGACAACGCUAAUGCCCUUCCUGAGUCACGACAAUGUUGUGGAUGACCUCUUUACCUACGAGCCACGCUUCAUGGCCUAUGCAAUAUCUGACGACCAUACAGGGAAAGCUCAAAGUAUUCUAUUUUCUGUCAUCGGCUACCUCCUGCCACUUACCAUCAUCUGCAUCAGCUAUGUGACCCUUUAUGUCUCGCUCCGACGACACCUGAAGAAGAAUUUCCUGACACAGGAUCGCCAGAGCCGCCACAUGUACACAGUUCAGAUGAAGGUGCAGGUCAAAGUGGGCUUUCUGGUCGUCUUCGUAGUCUCCAGCACCAUUCUCAUCUGGGUCCCGCUCUACAUAGUGUCGUCACUCUCCCUGAUUGACCUGGCCGAGUUCCAGUCGCUGAGCCGCAACGCCUCGGCGGUGCUAACAUUCGGCACCUCCUCGCUCAACCCCGUCAUGUACGGGUUUAUGAACACAUCGCUCCGGCAGGAGUUCAAGGUGUAUCUGGCAGCCAAACACCCCAAGCUUCUCGCGCUGCUUGGCAAGAUGACAUGCUGUCGGUGCUGUUGCAAAAGGAAAUCCAAGGUGGACGCGGUCAUCGUGAUUCCGAGGGAGCAGGUCCAGAAGUCUCACGGGCAAGGUAACAGGGAUGUUGAUGAGCCGGUUGCUAUCUCCAGCCAUUUAGUGCUACAGAUUAACCACGAAAUUAGCUUGAAACGGCAGUCGGUUUUUUCCAUCAAACACCCAACAGACCUAACGGAGACCAGCAAUGUUAAGCACCAACACAGGGACGUAAUGACAGGGGCCAGAGGUGUCACUCCUCCGCUACUCAAGAGAUGCUCCUGGUCCCAAUCCCUGGCCCAUAACGCAAGGCGGUUCAGUGACAAGGUAUCGAGGCGCCGUAGCGGUUCAGACAGUACCACUGACUGUCGGAGACAGCUACCCCUGCUGGACCUACAAGCUGUCUCCCGACUCAGAGAAGAAAGUCGUGGACUGAAUAAUCACGACACGCGGUAUCCACCCAAGAUACACAGAGACUCCGAUCUAGAAAGUUUAUGUGCACAGGCGACCAAUGACCCUAAAGCCAAAUACCACAUGCGCACCUUGUCAGGACAGCCGCUAACCCCCCAAAAGAAACAGUCCUUCCCGGGCCGUAAAGACGGAUCUGUGGUCGCUGUGUCGCGGUGCCUCAAGAAGCAGCCGGUGAUCGGGGACAUUGUGAAGGUCCGGCGGGUGUUCAUCGAGGAAGUCACGCUGGUUUCUGGCAGCUAUCCAGACUCAGUUGUCGACGACGGGGAUCAGGGUGUUGGACACCCGCAAAAAUCGCUGUCGUUGCGCAGGGAAUCCGUGUCUUCGGCCGAUUCUCAGCUUGUCACUUCCACGACGGUGAAAACAAGCGGGGAUGUCUACACUACGACGACGGUACAAUUACCAGGAUGCAUAUAAAAAAUUAUAGGCACAUACCAGAGGUAUAGUUUCGAGACAGGAUCACCUAUAGAACAUCUCAUAGAACACGUCUCCCGUAACAUGGCCUAUACGCUUCACACAGAUGCUUUUAUAAAGCAAACAAAAUCACUACGAAGCCGAGGGAAAUCAGCAAAAAAACAAGUGACAAUUGAACGUGUUUUCUUAAAAACACAGACUAAUCCUAGAUAACAAUUCAGGAAUGCCGGGUGGGGGAAAUGGGGCCCUCAAAUUAUGAUAAUUCUUACAAUCGUCAUUCUCGGUAUUGGACGUUGGUCGUUUGAUUGUUUUAUUUGCUUGUCAGUUCUCAUUCAACUACAUGUACUGCUUUAAAGAAAAAGUCUUCAUUGUCACAAUUCUGAUUGUAUUUUGUGUCACGAAAAUGUCUGAAAAAGUAAAGUUUCUGUUACUCUGAAAACAAACUGACAGCAUUGGGUGUAGUUAAAGCAAAUCUAUUCGUUGCAUGUAUCUCUUCUCUUUAUCAUCUGCUGAAAGUAUUUUCGUCAGUAAAAAGUCUUUUGCAAAUACGUCAUCAUGCCAUGAGGGAAAGUGCAACGAUGUCAAACGUGCCAAUGCAUAACGCACCCCAUUCUACCACGUGUAAAGGAGGUUUUGACUGCCAUGAAAUGGAUGCUAAUGACGUUACGUUGGUUAUUCAGAGUG